AUGAUUUUUUCUUGGGUGUUACUGAUCAGUUUUAUAUGCUGCAUCCUCAUAGCUGAUCUUGAAUGUAAACGUCAUUCUAAAGCUGAGAAGAAGUUCUCAGAGGAAGAUAGCAGUUCAUUUUCUAACAACGAAAAUGGCGAUCAACUUGGGUCAGAUGAAAGUAGCCAAGAACGAGCGAACGAAAAGCAUCCGCGGUCAAGAAAAGAAAGUUCAAAAAGCAUAUAUUCGACAAUAUCAGACCAAAGGAUCAUUAAAGAAACAGAUUCAAGUUCUGAAAAUACUAAUAGUAAUUAUCUACAAGAUAUAGAUACUGAUAAUGACAAAAGCGCUGAAAAGACUUUAAGAGAAGAUUCGAGCGUCAGAAGAAAGCAAAUCAAACCAAAGUAUUUGGAUGACGAAGAAGUUUACGAAACAUUUGAAAGAAAAUCUUAUUCGUCAAAUCCAGAAAAUAGAAAUGAUAUUGGCACUGCAAGCAGAAGAACACUUACUGAGGAAAAUUCCAUCAGCCAAGAAAGUGAAGAAACUUCAAGAAACAAAGAACGAGAGAUUAAUGAAUUGAAAGUAAGCAAGAAGCGUGAUAAAAAGGGUAAAGAUAGAACGGAGCCGUCUGAUUCAAAAUCAAUCUAUCAUGAAAACGAUGUAGACAAAACUGAAAGGAGUAGAGGAAAGACCAGUAGAGAAAACGAAUACAAUGAAAAUAGCAGAGAUAAGACCGGGAUUGAAAACGAAUUCAAUGAAAAGAGCAGAGAUAAGACCGGGAGUGAAAACGAAUACAAUGAAAAUAGUAAAGAUAAGACCGGGAGUGAAAACGUAUACAAUGAAAAUAGUAGAGAUAAGACCGGGAGUGAAAACGAAUACAAUGAAAAUAGUAAAGAUAAGACCGGGAGUGAAAACGUACACAAUGAAAAUAGUAGAGAUAAGACCGGGAGUGAAAACGAAUACAAUGAAAAGAGCAGAGAUAAGACCGGGAGUGAAAACGAAUACAAUGAAAAUAGUAAAGAUAAGACCGGGAGUGAAAACGUAUACAAUGAAAAUAGUAGAGAUAAGACCGGGAGUGAAAACGAAUACAUUGAAAAGAGCAGAGAUAAAACUGGGACAGAAAACGAAUACAAUGAUAAUAGAAGAGAAAAGACCGGGAGUGAAAACGUUUACAAUGAAAAGAGCAGUAUUAUUAUGUCAAAACAUUCCUAUGGGGAUCUUAACUAUCAAGGUGGCAGGAGUUCGGAACAGAAACAUACAUUGACAAAUGACAGCAGUGGAGCAUCGGGAAAUGCUGGUUCCGGGAGAAAGCAUUCAAAAGACGACCGAAGCCAAACCAAAUAUAUUGAAAUAUCAAAACCCAUUUUGUUUACGCCUUAUGACAAUAAUGUUCUGUACUCAGAAAACAGCGUUUUAAGCACAACUGUAAGUUCUACAAAAUACCAGACCUCUAUAUCAAACAUGUUAUCAACAACAACAACAAACAAACCAAGCAAAUCAUCGACAGGAAUUAUAAAUGCAAGACAAGAUAAAGAAGAAGAAAUGGUUGACACAUUAAAUACUGCACCGGGAAUAGUAAUAAAACAGCCAUUUACUGGUCGUAAAAAGUGCAUUGAAAGAACGCCUCCUUGUUGUGUUCCCGGUCAGGUUGAUAUAAAUCUUGGUACAAUUAAUUAUAAAGCACGGGUAAAGGGCGACUUGGAUGGUGUUAGUGCAACAGUAUCUACAAAGCCACAGAGAGCAUACAAACGAUGUAGCAAUGGCGCUGUUAUUAAGGUAACAUUUGAUCCAAUGGGGAACGAAGGUUGUUUUGGGUGUACUAAAGGACCUUUCUGUGGCCGUCGUCUGCUACAGACUUGA